AGCAUAGUAAGAUAGAAGAAAAAGUCGACCAGAGGUGGCGAGUUGGAAGCAUGUGGGGUUGACUUUUAAUCUGUGUCGAGUUGGUCGUGUUUUCGAAUUGUUUUUUUUUUAAUUAGCCACAUACCUGGUUAAAUCCAGUUGAAGCGCGAGGAGAACCCUGCGACUGGCUCUGGUCCUUGUUAAGGACCCGUUGAACAGCUAGCUGGCUACAUGGUAUUUUGUUGUCGCUAGCUUAGCUAAUAGCCUGCGAGGUAGCUCCAUUGCAAGAAGAAAUUGUUGAAAACUUCUGUGGAAGUAUGGAUGAUCAGACCCGGAUGCUGGCGGGUCUGGGAGCACUCGGCGGAUUAACACCAGCCGAUGUUGACCCUGACUCGGUUCGGAAGCAGCAGCUCGGCCAGCCUCAGCAGGACAUUGGGGAUAUUCUUCAACAAAUAAUGGCCAUCACAGACGAGAGCCUUGACGAAGCGCAGGCAAGAUGCUGGUCAGAGGAGGCUCCGACGCAGUGGGGCGGAACUGACGGCCCCUCGGAGGGAGGGGGAGCUGGAGCUGGGGGGGGCACGGCGGGGGGUGCCCUGCCUCUCAACUUCCAGCACAGGAAACAUGCCCUGAACUGCCAUAGGAUGAAGCCCGCCCUCUUCAGCGUCCUGUGUGAGAUCAAAGAAAAGACCGUCCUCAGUAUCCGCGGCGUGCAGGAGGAGGACCCCCCGGAUCCCCAGAUCAUGCGUCUGGACAACAUGCUGCUGGCGGAGGGUGUGUCCGGACCGGAGAAGGGCGGCGGGUCGGCGGCCGCGGCCGCAGCUGCAGCAGCGGCGGGAGGAUCCCCCAACGACGGCAGCAUCGAGCACUCUGACUACCGCGCCAAGCUGGCCCAGAUCCGCCAGAUCUACCACUGCGAGCUGGAGAAGUACGAGCAGGCGUGCAGUGAGUUCACCAACCACGUGAUGAACCUGCUGCGGGAGCAGUCCCGUACGCGGCCCAUCUCGCCCAAGGAGAUCGAGCGCAUGGUGAGCAUCAUCCACCGCAAGUUCAGCUCCAUACAGAUGCAGCUCAAGCAGAGCACCUGCGAGGCCGUCAUGAUCCUGCGCUCACGCUUCCUCGACGCCAGGCGUAAAAGACGCAACUUCAACAAACAGGCGACUGAGGUGCUGAACGAGUACUUCUAUUCGCACCUGUCCAACCCCUACCCCAGUGAAGAGGCCAAGGAGGAGCUGGCUAAGAAGUGCGGCAUCACCGUCUCUCAGGUUUCUAAUUGGUUUGGCAACAAGAGAAUUCGGUACAAGAAGAACAUUGGUAAGUUCCAGGAGGAAGCGAACCUGUACGCGGUAAAAACAGCAGUGGACGCUGCCAAUGUGUCAGCGCAAGCGAGCCAGGCUAACUCUCCGGCGACGCCCAACUCAGGUGGAUACCCUGCACCGUGCUACACACCUGACGGUCGGCUAUGAGGAGCUGUCAGGAGCAGGUCUUUUUACCCCACACAGCCUGGACGCUAACAACAGCUGGCAGGACACCACCAACCCCCCCUCAGUCACCUCCCCACCCGGCCCACCCGGCAGCAUCCAUUCAGACACCUCCAACUAAGACAAAAACACUCCUUGGCCCCCCCAACGGCUCUCAAAUUCUCGCGCUCUCGCUCACACACACACAGACACACACACUUGCUCUCUUGCACGCAGACGCACCAACCGACACACACACACACACACUCCCUCACGCAGAGACUGUACCCGGCCGACUCCCCAUCCUCCCUCUCAGCUCCGCAGUCCUGACAUGGGGCAUUCUUCCACACCAUUCGUCGACUGCCACGACUUCCCUGCUUUAAGUACCCCUACCACCCCCAGCUCCCUGAAAACAAAAAACCCUGAAAAUCGAUGACACUACUACCCAUGAGCCUACCUCCCUGUGGGCCACUCCACUGGGCCGUGCUGGGGCCAGGCAUGAUGGGAGGGGGGGUGGAAAGCACACAAAAAAAACACUCAGCGCCCGCUCCACUCCGCUCCUGUGGGGCUGUAGGAGAGGGGGAGGCAGGAACACGUCAGACACACACAAAAACCAGACAGGACAGGACUGGACUGCCCUUCACUGCCCUGCUGGAGGGCAGAGGUCACAGUAGUGCUGGACUACCAUCAUCACCACGACCUGUACACACACACACCUCUACCACCCACGCAGGAGAGAUGCGGACAGGACAACAACAACAACAACAACAACAACAACAACAAAAAGAAAGAGGCUCUGUGCUGUGAGCCAAACAACUACACGCUGCACAAAGCGCAACACAAAACAUGAAGUCAUGUAACGAGACAGACAGACAGCCUUUGAUGUGAGCGGAUCCACACUGACCCGAGACAAACGGACUCGCUCAUCACCUCCCCACUACCCCCAAACACGCACAUGCAUACAAACACACAAACCUGACACAUACACAUACACAUACACAUACACAUACAUAUGUUCGCAUUAUACACCUUCACAAAUGUACAAACAAGAUGUCACCCUCUGCGGACUUGUUUUUGUGGACUUAACUUGGAGGGUGAACCUCAGCAAGGUGGCUGAGUAUUACAGACGCCCUUCCUUUAACCCCCAGCGGUGGGGGGAGGACUGGUCCAACUCUUCCUUCAACCAGACCUCCUUCUCCGUAUGCCUCUCUCCAUCCCUCCCUUCCUUCCUGGGUUCCUUCAACGGCUCUCCAGCCUUACUCCAUCAUCAUCAUCAUCCAUCAUCAUCAUCAUCACCCCCGCCAACCAACACAGUCACCACUACCACCACCACCGCAGAAACUACCACCACGCUUGUACCAAAGUGCUGUUCUUCAACAGUGGUCAGCCCCUAGCCCUCUUCCGUUUCUAAAAAGACGACAACCUCAAGGCAUCUGUGAACUGAACCACACACACCCAUGCAAGAUCUUUAUCCUCCUGUCAUUCUGUUCUGCUUGUUGCAAGUCCGUUCCUCUUUAAAUUUGAAAAAAAAAGAAAAAAGUUUGAAAAGAUUCAAAAUGUGGGGGAAAAGGUCAACGUAGCACUAUUAUCACAUAAUAAGCGAGAAGAACCUUAUAGUAUUGUACUAAGGUUGUUUAAAGUACUUUUCUAUUACGCUUGUAUAUGGACACUUGCAACACAGUCUCACACACACACUCGCACACAAACAAAUACAUGCACCCAUUUCAAACAAAUAAUGGAAACGUGUUAAGCACAAGAGAUUUUUCUUUUCAGCAAGUGGAUCGCUCCCAUAGGACACAGGUUCAGAGGAAAACGGUUGUUGCCUGUUUUGGUCACAGCAGAAAGUGAGUUUUUGAUGCCCCCACUACUACUACAGGGCCUUUGAGACAGGACAGUACUGUGUAGAACAGAGGCUGGGAAAAGACAACGUUCCAUUUCUAUCGAAGUGGAUUUCUGUGUUUGUAAUACACACACGCACACGCGCACUCUCAUACACACACGCACGCACGCACACACACACACACACACACACACGCAUACACACUCCACAGCCUCCCUGGUCACUUUCGUUUUAAAACUGUUUUUGUAAUACAUGGAUUUCAGUUUUGUUUUCCCUUAUUAAAAAUAAAUGUAGUCAAAUGUUUUUUAUUUUUAUUCGGAGUAAUGCCCCAGCCACCAAAUACAAAAAGAAGUACAUUGUAGAGUGGAAUAGCUGUUGUUAGAAAAAAGGGGGUGGGGAUGUAUGUGGGAGAUUGAAUGGGGAAUGGUUUCUUUAAAAACCAGAAAAAUGCUACGUGUAAUUGUCUUCCAUGCAUGUAGAUGUCUGUGUUUGUGGUGUUCAUUGGACCUGCACAUCUACAUCAGUUUACUUACCUGCUCUUGUUUGUUUGUUGGUCGGUCUGUCCGUCUGUCUGUCCGUUUACCACUUCUUUGAAAGUUGUCAAAUGUUGUUUUUCUUUGUCUUUUUUGAGAGGGUACUAAUGACAGACCAAAAAGGAGAAAAAAAAUCAUGCAUACCGUACACAAAACUAUUGGAGCUCAAGUCCUGCUAGCUGGUGUUUCUGUUCAUGCUAAUUUUGCUUUUUCCAAUGGUUUCUGUUUAGGUUUAACAGGUAGCUGUCAAAUAUUGGCCCUCCCCUCUCCACCCCCCUAAUGACCAGCUACAGUUGUUACCUGUACCUGUUGUUCCAAACCAAAAAAAAAAAAGUCUUCAAAUAUGUAAUUAUGGUGACAAAACUGCUGCGUGUUGGUCUGAAGAGUUACAGCUGGGGGGGGCAGGAGGAAGUGAGUCAGUUUUGCAUUGGUGUAUUUGUGUUCUUUUGGUUGUGUGUAUGUGUGUGUGAGAGCGCGUGUGUGUGUGUGGCGUUGGAUCUUGGCGUACUUUUCUUUAGGCGUAUGAAAGGUGUGGGCAGUGUGUGCUGUUGUGGGCGGUCUGGGGGGGGCGGGAUGGAGAGGUGGGGGGAAAGAUCAUCACCUGGUCACCUGGCACCCCUUGGAGUGCUUUUGAGUUUUGAUUGUAUCACGUGUGCAAUGGCAGCACCCAUUCCACAAGAAAGGCAGCGCUGUCGCUCUAGUUCUCACAGAUGACCCCCAUGGCGGGAACUCCACUCUUUGUCUGUUAUCUAGGCCACUCAUACAAGGGCUUUUUCUCUCUCUCUCUUGCACUCUCUCUCUCUCUCUCUCUCUCUCUCUCUCUCCUUUGAAAAUGAACCAAAAAGAACAGCACCGGGUGUGUGACGAUUCAAAACUAGAGCCUAUACAGAAACACAUUUUCCAUAUUUUUUAUUUUCUCUUAACUUUUUUUGUUAACAACAUAUUAAAAAAAGAAAAGUCAUGGUAGAAUCAGAGUGUUUUGAUAUAUAAAAUGACAAAUUCUACAUAUGGCAAAGGACACCGAAAUGCUUUUAUUGGAGUUCUGUUCAUUAACUGACCAAACUCUGAUGCGCUUUUCAAAGUAUUAGCCAGAUUUUAGUGUCCUCUGUUCUUAACUGUUACUUAGAAGCGUUUCAUAUGGCUGUCUUUUACAAGUAAGGCUGUUACUACACCAAAUUAUAAUUUUUUUCUUUGUUUUCUACCAGUUGUCUGUGGAUGUCACUGUACAGAUUGUGGAAUGUUUCAACAUAUAUCUUUUUAUAUAAAGAGUCUUUUUUUCUCCUUUUUUCCCUUCUUUUUGAGUUGCCUCGUUUGUUUUGCCUUUACUCUGCAUAUGUGGUAGAGCAACGUUUUAAUUUUUUUUAAGUUUGACUGUGGAUUUGGAGUGAUUUUAUUUUGCUUAUUUAGUGUGUUUUUUGUGGAAACCAAGUUUGAGUUUGGUGCAGUGAGAAACACUUCUUAACAUACAGAUUAGGCAUUUGUCCUUGUGUUCGUCCCCAUAAAACAGUUUUAACAUAAAUGUGCACUGUAGCAAUACUUUCUCCGCAGGCAGAAGCCCUAAAUGGCGCAGUCAUUCUCUGCAGAAUGUAGCUGAUCAAUUGACUUCUACAGGUCAGGCACAGAGAAUAGCUUUCUUCUUUAUACUCGGUCUUUAAAAAGAAACCUAGACAUAACUAAGGUUGUAUCACUCAUAUUUAACAUAGAUGUUUUUUUUUCCUUUUUAUCUUUUUUACGUGUUUGUGCUUAUUCAUAUACAUCAUGUCUAUGCUUAGCUUUGAGUAACGACAAAUGGAUACAGAUUUUUGUUUGUUUUUAAAGGUACCUGUACUAUGGUUACUAUGGUUACUGAGCCUGUGUUAGCCACCUUGCCUACUCUUCACCAUAGCGAUUCAGUCUCUGCACUGCUAAAGUGGCUUCCCCUGCACCAAAUCAGAACUGCAUCAAUAGCAUUUUUUAUACACUUUUGAUUUUUUUAUUAGACUUUUAGUGUCUCCUCCCUCCUUUCAUUCAUCUUUCUGCUUUAUUCACCCCAUUCUUUUUCUUCUCUACCUCUCUCUCUUUCCAUUUCUCUUGUAUAUAAAUCCCUCUGUUUUCAGACUGGUCAGUCUGUAAAAUCCUUUUAUACCUCAACUUUAGAACUGUUCUAGUAAGAGAAAAAUAUGAGAAUUGUAGUGUUCCUUAUUAGAAAUACAAAAAAAUUAAUAAAAUAAUCUAGUGUGCUUUUUAUCAUUUUGGGGUGUUUAUUUUGGGGAUGUUUAUUUGCUUGUUUUAAUGGGAACAAUGACCUUUAGUCACUACAACUAUGCUAUUGUGACUUACAAAAAAAAAUAAAAAAAAUGUAUAAAGAA